GAUAAGUGGAAAAGAAACUUUUCGGAAUUAAAUGAGGAUAUAUAUCCUGCUGACUUUAUUGGGAACGCUCGCUAAAGAAUCGACGUCAUUUGGGAUUAAUUGGGAUUUUGACGAAGCCUCAGACGUGGACUAUGAAUCUACAGUGGAGUGUGCCUCCCCACUUAUAGCAGUAGACGGGUUAUGUAAGGAGUGCUCAGCUGGAACCUACAUCGGCACCUCAGACUGUAUUGACUGUCCGAUUGGUACCUACACAGACACAGUCAGUCAGACCUCCUGUACUGCCUGUGGAGGUGGGACCAGCACAAUGAGUAUCGGCUCCACCGCCUCCAGUGACUGCAUAGCCGUAUGCACGGUCCCCACUGCAACCUUCUCGAGCGGUAUGUAUCCACUUGCUGGAACUAACGUGGCAACUGGUACCACAAUUACCACAUUCUGCCAGAAUGAGUACUAUAUCGAUGGUCAGAGUACUAAAACGGAAGCCUGCAGCACCACACCUACUAGUUGUAGUAAGGUGACAACAACAAUUGGACAGAGCGGCUACUUCACAGCUGGAUCUAACGUCCAGCUGACUUGUACUGUAGUUACUGGCGACACUCCUACUUUAAACGAUCACUCUAAAUGCUCUUGGACCAAAGAAGGCAGUUCCAUUGCCAAUUCCGGCGGGGCCUCGUUUAGUGCUCACACUACUGCUGCUAACACAUACGAGUGUGUGCAGACAUUAUCUGGAGUGACCUCCAGUAGCGCAGGUAUCUACGCUUGUUCUGCUGUUAUUGCCUCCAGAACUGAAAGUGCCAUCUGUAUACCAACUGCUACCCUCAAUGUUCUGACUCUCACAUACGACACGGCACAAGUAGUAGAUAUCCUAGGAGUAUCUAUUCAGUUAACGUGUACAGCAACCAUGCCAACCCCUCUUAGCGCUAUACUUACCUUCGAGUGGGAGAGAGAUGGAACCUUAGUUACAUCAGGUGUGGUCUCUGACACAUACGGAACAACACGUGACAGUGUGUUGACUCUAUCUCCCCUGGCAAGUACUGACACUGCAAAGUACAAGUGUUUUGCUACCUACAGUAACAUCGGAGUCCUGGAGUCUUCAGAAAAACAAGUCGUCGCUGUCUAUAUCGCGACGCCUAUACCUAACAGACAAGCAGUAGCAGGAACCAGUAUUACCCUUACCUGUAUAACGUACGGUACAGCUCAGACCAUCACUUGGACUACACCUCAAGGAUCAAAUGGUGGCUCACAAACAAGCUCCUCCACUACUGACGGCGUCAAAACCUUGACGAACGAGCUAGUGUUAGCAAAUGUUGAAAGUGCUACACACGACGGAGCGUAUACCUGUGUUGUAGUCAAUGCUGGUAAAACUGUCACUUCAUCCGGCAACCUAAACGUUUACGUGGAUGGUUGGCGGUCCACACAGUCAGAUAUUGUUGGAGUUGUGGGUAGCGACAUCGUAUUGACUCUUAAUGCAGACACUUACGGACCCGAUGCAACAAAAUUCAAAUCAAUAGCGUGGUACCACGACGGUAACGGGAUACAUUCUGGGGUUGAGUACAAGAUUACAGCGAUUGAGUACAAGAUUACUUACUCUAUAUGGAAUGGUAUGAUCGCAAAAAGUACAAGCCCUCAGUUUGUUAGCAUUAAAGGAUCAAAUGGAGCUGAACAGCUGAACAUCUGUGUAAUGCAGACUUCAAUGUAA